CUUAUCUUUAAGUAAUUGAAGCCUAAAGAAUUCCAGAAGAUUUUUUUUCUCUUUUAGUCUUUUUAUGACCUUGAGGUUUUCAUGGUCAUUCCAGUCCAGAGUAGAGCUAGAUACAUGUAGUCGUUUAAACAGACACAAGAUCUUAGACUCACUCGAUGGAUGAAACAUGUCUGCCGCCUGCAGCAGGGCAAGUAGUCACACCCCCCUCGUGACCCGGACCAUGCCCCCUACCCCACUGCCAAGCCACACCUUUGAUGCUGUACCAGAGAACUAUGACAUAGACAGCGAACUACCAGAGGCUAAUGGGUGUGAGGAUGGGGAAGAGGCGGAACCAGAGCUGUACUGCUUUGAGGACUUCAUUUCUUAUAAUCUACAGCCAUCUCGUCCUGCUGCCCUGGAGAGGACCAUGUCUGUCAACCCUGAAGGCUACAACUCACUGUCAAGGCGACAAAGCCGAGAGCUUCAGCGUUCAAAGACCUUACCAAUUAUCCGAUUACCUGGUGGCAGUAGUGACGACAUGGUGCUAGACUCGGGAGACAGAAGCAGUGAUGACAUACGAUGGCUGACACAGAGUCCCGUCAGCUCAGAGUAUUCUGGAUCCUGUGGGAGUGAGGAUGCUGGGAGGAGAAGAAAGAGUUCUGCUAAAUACCAGAGACAGAAGAGGGGCGGUAACAACAGGGGAGGCAACUCUAACAGAGCGAGUUGCGUCAUGGAAAUUCAGAAGUUUGCCAAAAGUGUUUUACAUAGGAAAACAAAAACUGAGGAUUUACGUCGCACUGGUUCAUGGAAACCAAGUAAAAAGUCCACACUCAAGUUUCUGAGUAGAACUCGCAGUGAGCCCGAGCGAGAUGAUUCGUUGGAGGAGGACACGGAGAGCUGGGUAGCGACGUUACCAGAUCUACCCCCCAUGAGACCACGUUCUGCGUGGAACUUUGAGGAUGACACGGAUUCUACGACGUCCUCGGAGACGAUGACCAGCGUGUCAGAUGAUGGAUCUGUUACUCCCAAAUCCUCCCAGCUCUACUACACGACUCCACCAAAGGCUAAUAUGGUCAGAAAUCAAGAUGAGAAGAGAUUGGAAGGCCCUGGCACCUCUCUAUACAGAAUCCCUAGAAGACUGAGUCAGAAGGAUAAAAUACGGGAAGAUUUACUGCACGAUAGACAGCGAUCUGUCAGCUUAGACUGUGGAGAUGGAAGAACAAUCAAAGUAUUUAUGUCAAAUGCCGAGGGACUUCUAGUGGACGAUGCACCCGGAUUACACCACACAAACACCGCACCUGUUCAGCUCAGAAGUAUGAAUGGCCUCAGUUCUCCAAAUCGAUCAUCUAAAAUACUUACAACUACACCAAAGAAAAGGCCUGGCCUCAAAUUUGGCCUCUCUUUGUUUGAGGCUGUAGAACAACAGGAUCUGGACCUGGUGAAGAAUCUCUUGGAAGUGGAAGGCCUCAACAUUAACAGUGUUAACUCUGAAGGUUUGACUCCUUUGGAUGUAGCUGUGAUGACUAACAAUAUUCCAAUGGCCAAGAUGCUGCUCUUCAAUGGGGCAAGAGAGAGUCCAUUGUUUUUAAAGGAGGAUGCACGAUCGGACCGUUUAGAUGCCCUAGUGUCCAACGCAGAGAAGAGGGUGGUGGAUCUGUCAGCUGCUAUUCUAAAUGCCUCCUCUGGAAGUAGCUCCAUGUCCAACACCCAACAGAAGGAAAAUGAAAAGCAAUUAAGUCACUGGGAAUUUCGACACAAACUCUUAAAAAGAAUGAAAGCCGGAUAUGACCAUGCACGUACCCCGGACCCUCCCAGCUAUGUGAGUCUGACUGUAGCCAGUAGCUCCUCAUUACUGGUCAAGUUUGAUGAACCCCUCAACCACAAUGGAGCAGUGGUCACUCGAUAUAAAGUGGAGUGGAGCUGCUUCGAUGACUUCGUUCCUCUGGCUGGGGAAGACCUUGUGGAGGACAUGCGACACUUAGAACAUGAGAUUAAGGGCCUGGCUAAGGGCAACAAGUACUACGUCAGGGUUGCUGCCUGUAACAUGAAAGGAUACAGCGGCUACAGUAUAGCCAAACCCGCUUAUGCUGUUCCAUCCAGUUGGAGAGAUGUGGACAAUUCAACAGUUUCUAGAACAGAAGGAAAGCUGAAGUUGUUGGAUGAACUCUUCUCUCAAGUAAAACACCUGCGGCCAGCUGAUGCAUCAGAAUUGAAAGACAGUGUUGGCGAUUCACCACUGCAAAGAAAGCGCAAAAGUUUGAAAAACCUGUUUACCUCUGCCCCCAAAUUCUACAAAUCUUUGAAGAGGGGCGUCUAUCUUGCCUGUUUGUUGUAUCACGGAGACAAAGUCCUGGUGACCUCAGAUGACCAGCUUCCUGUCGUGGAGGUUGAUGAAAAUUUUUCUGGACCUUCAGUGAAUGCAGAUCUUCACUGGCUGAUGAAGAUAUCUUGUACGUGGGAUGACGUCAAAUCUUUGCGGCAAGACAUGGAGAAAAAUACCAGUGCAGGCACCAUGCAUUUCAGAUAUAAACUUCUUCAAGCUGUCUCUGUAUUACAGGGAGCAUUAGGAAUAUACGAUUUAGGUCAGUUUCACUUCAAGCCCCUUAAAGACUCCAGUGGUUGUAUAGUAUUAACCACAGUGUGUAACAUAAGGGAUCCCAAGUCAGUGAUCCUAGGCUCCUCCAAGUGGGUCAGCUUCGCCAAGUUACUGCGGCGAUCCUCGGGGACGGGGUCAGAGCCCCAGGAGUCACUAGAAGUCCUAGUCAGUUCUGUCUCAGAGAUGAUAUUGUAUCAUCAAGUGAGCAACAUUCGCCUUACAAAAGGCUUAUACCUCGGCUACCUCAAGCUUCAGGCUUCUUUAGAGCUAAACAGGGUGUUAGUACCCAAGAAGGCACCAAACAUCCUCCCCAACAUCAAAGUCAGGGACUGUCCCAAUGUCUCCAGCGAGGAGUGGCAGUGGCUACAGUCGCUGAAUACCGACCAACAAGUGGCGCCACCUACCCAAACACAGGAGGAAUUCCGUAAACAGCUCAAACAAGCCGCCCAGAAACUCUUCAACAUUCUAGACAUAUCAGAGAAUUUUGCGGCUAGUCACAGAAUCUACGAUGUAGAGGUGAUUGAGUUCAGUAACGAUGUGUCUUUUUUGCUGGUUCUCCCCCCUGUGGAGGAGGUUUGCCUGGUUCCCGGACAAAAUGACAACAUGACGGAGAAAAAGGACCUCACUCUGCUACCAGUACAGGUCUUUGAAAUGAUCCACAUGUGUACAUACCAACCACAACUCAUCAACAGAUACUCAAGGCUUUCCUCAAUACUGGAUAUGGAUCUUUGUCUCGCUCAACAAGUUCAGCGUGAGGCCUUUUCAACAGAAGAACUCACACCAGCAAGAGAGAGAGUGGAAAGAUUGUCCAACAUACUGACCACACUGGACAAGAACUGGAAGUCCACUCGGUGGAUAAUGGACAUUAUCACUUAUGCCAGAGACAAGAGCAUGAGAGGAGGCAUUCUGAUGAGUGAAGUAACUUCACCACCCAAAGAUGUGUUCAGUACUGAGCUAGAGAGUCCUAGCGAAGACGAUCUGUUUGAUAAUAACAACUCACAGUCAGGGUGCCCGUCUGUGGCUUGUGAUUCAAAUGAAAUCAGUGUUGGAAAAGACAACAUAAAAAUUGCCAAAUUCUAUGAUCCAAACGAGGAGGUGCCAAAGACAAAUGGACAUGUUAAAAAGGAGACGACGGAAAGCGAACCUAGUGCGGUGAGCUCGGGGAUUUUACAAGUGUACGCAGCCUACGAAACGGGGCUGUCUCGGGGCACUAGGGUGAGGUUACACGUGACCGAGAAAACGACAUCCAGGGAAGUGAUCAAUCUCGUGGUGAGACAGUUAAAUAAAACAGUGACUCAGAAGGGACACUCGGGCCCUCUGUAUGGGGAGGAGCAGCUAGACGAGUUUUGUCUGGUGGCCGUGAUCGGGGCUCGCGAGAGGAUUCUCAGAGACGACUAUCAGCCGCUACAACUUCAGAAUCCGUGGACAAAAGGGCGGCUCUAUGUCAGGAUGAAGAGUAACUUGUUGGCUGCUAUCCAGCAGGGUCACGCCACAGAAGUGUAAACGGACAGUGCUUUAUAGUUGACCUACAAUCGAUGGACACUAGCUUUAUUGUCAUCCGAUCAUUCCUUUCUGUCUGAUUGUUGGGUCAUUUUUUUUCUUUUUCCAUUCCAAACUUCAAGUCAAUUUGUCCAUUUUGUGUCCAUUUUCGUACAAUUUUCAGUUAAAGAUUACUAGUCAGUGUAAACAUCGGGUAAAUCAUUGAUUAACAUAUUUCACUAAUUUAUUGAUUUUUUUUUCUUUAUACAAAUUAAUUUGUAGUUGUCUCAUGAAAUAUAUAUACACAUGUAUAUUAAGUUUGUUUGAAAUUUUAUUAAAUUAUUUAAUUUAUUAUUAACCAGUAUUUCAUAUGCAUCUUCAUGUCAUGAAAAUAUAAGAUGAAAGAAAAACCUUAUGGUCUUCCAAAUAAAUAAAAAAGAGACAAAAUGACAGUUUAAGUUUUUAUUGUUAGUUAGGAAAGUUAUUUUUCUAUCAUGGAAAUUGAAAAAUCUAGAUAUACCUGUAUUAUGUUCAACAUUAAUCAAGGUAUCUGAAUUUAUUGAGCUUCAUGUGUCAAUGAUGGUUGUAUUUGUCCUCUCUCUCUCUCAUUUUUUUCUCACUGUUCCAAAACUACAAUCAUGAUGAUCAUGUUUUCUCUGUCAUGCCCAUGCAUUUUAAUCUGUUGAUUAAUAAUAUGAUAAAAAAGCAAUUAAGUUAAUUGAAAAUUAUGUUCUUAAUGGUUUCUGAAAGCAAAUACAUGUGUACUAAAAAUUCUACUAAAUUUACAGUUAUAAAUUAAUGAUUAGAUACUUUGUCAAAAAAUGAUGUUUAACUCUUGUAUUUUAUAAUUUGAUGUAAUUAAAAUGAGUAAUUCAGUCUUUGUUCAAAUAAAGAUACAUGUAUCAUUACCUAAAAAAAUCACUGAAAAACUACAAUGUCAGAAUAUUUAUUGAUACAAUAUUUUGUUUUGGAUUUUUUUUACACCCCCAGUCAAUUCUCUCUGUGAAGUAGAUGUAUGAAAAGCCUUCUGUGAUACUAUUUAUUUUGUACAUCUUUUCUGUUAGCUUGUGUUUUGAAAAGAGCUAAAUAAAAGCGAAAAUAAAAUUA